AACACCGACCGGACUAGUCAUCUGAUUUUACAUCGUUUUCGUAAGCAACUAAUCUCUAAUCUACAACAACUAGGCUUUGAUCCGGAUAGUAUCCUCAACCCGACAACAUCUGCAUCAUCUGGAUCCAAUGAUCAGGGUAACCAACCAAGGAAAGGUGUAAAUGAAUCUGAUCCUCACAAUGCAUCUUUUGAUUUAUCGAGCAAUGCCUCCAAUCGACCACUUCUUGACCCGCCUGAGCUAAUCGGUUCGGCUCGGCCAAACGCUGCUUUAAUUGGUGGUAUCGAUCCGGUUCGGACUUCUGUUGCUAGACUCCAUCAAAAAAAUCCUGUUGUUCCUAGCGCGGCUGGUGGCUUAACUUUGGCUGGUAAUUGUAUUGGGGGAGGGUUGGGUACUUCUCGACUUGAUUUUCGAAACUGA